UGCUGAUUAAAAAAAGGUGAAGCGGAAAAAAAAAAUUGAAUAAAAUGAAAAGGGAAAGAGAAGGGCGAAGGAAAUUGCGAUCGGUGGGUUAACGUAACUCACCGUCUUCCUCGUCUCGCAACUCAACUCUUGGAAUUGGUAUCCAUUUCUCAUCGGACAGUGGAUCGCCGGCGCUGUCCCUCCAUCGAUUCGUCGUCGCCGACGCUGACCAUGAGACGCAAGAAGUUCUUUACCAGCAUCGCGAAGUCCCUUUUCGGAGGUAGAAACAAAGUUGCAGCGGCGAAGGAGGAGGAUGAAUUGGAGAAAAUCGCGGCCAAGGAGGAGAAGGUGUUCCAGUACGAGACGCUGGUGGCCGCCACACACAACUUUAGCCCCAAGGAGAAGCUGGGCGAAGGAGGGUUCGGCCCCGUCUUCAAGGGGCAGCUGGCGGACGGGCGGAUUGUGGCGGUGAAGCGGCUGGGGAGGGGAUCGCGGCAGGGGGCGAGGGAGUUCCAGAACGAGGCGCUGCUGCUGUCGCGGGUGCAGCACAAGAACAUUGUGAGCCUAUACGGUUACUGCACCCACGGCGAGGAAAUGCUCCUCGUCUACGAGUACGUCCCCAACGAGAGCCUCGACAAGCUCCUCUUCUCCCGAGGAGAAGAGGGAGGUCAGUGGAGGAGGAAGUCGACGGAAUUGGACUGGCAGCGGCGGUUCCAGGUGAUGAUGGGGGUGGCGCGGGGGCUUCUGUACCUGCACGAAUCGGCGCACACCACAAUCAUCCACCGCGACAUCAAGGCCAGCAACAUCCUGCUAGACGAACGGUGGGUGCCCAAGAUCGCCGACUUCGGCAUGGCGCGGCUGUUCCCGGAAGACCAGACACACGUCCACACCCGCAUCGCCGGCACCAACGGCUACAUGGCCCCGGAGUACGUCAUGCACGGCAAACUCACUGCCAAGGCUGACGUCUUCAGCUUCGGUGUCAUCCUCCUCGAGCUCGUCUCUGGCCGCAAGAACAACGCCUUCAACCUGCUCCCCGACCCCGAUGCCAACUCCCUCCUCGAAUGGGCAUGGAAGCUUUACAGGAAGGGGCGUAGUGUGGAGAUGAUGGAUCCUGCCCUGCAGCCCACCGCAGACGAGGAGCAGGUGGCGUUUUGCGUGCAGGUGGGUCUCCUCUGCACGCAGUCCGACCCCAAGCUGCGGCCUGACAUGAAGCGAGUUCUCAUCGUCUUGUCGAAGAAACCGACGGCGUUGGAGGAGCCGAUGAGGCCCGGGGUUCCGGGAUCCCGCUACGCAAGAACAUCGCACUCGGCCACCGGCGGCUCCCGCACUUCCGCUGGCGAAUCUUCCUUCGUCUCCGCCUCCACCUCUGUCUCUGCAUCGUCGUCCACUGCACCCUCGACGUCGGUCUCCACAGCUCCGUCGACAUCGUCCUCCACAGUUCCGUCGACGUCGUCCUCCACAGUUCCGUCGACAUCGUCCUCCACCGCCUCUUCGAACACCCGCAUGCGCCAUGGGUCGCAUCAGAAGCAGAACCGCCUACGACGGCACUAGCUUCGUUUUGCUCUUCAUUCAUUCUUUGUAGUUUGUUGGUAUAAUAUGAGCAUGUCUGUUGGUUUAAUCGUUUUUUUUCCAGUGUGUAUAAUUUGGUGGAGUCGAGUGGUUUUCUUGUAGUGGGACUAUAGUACUAGACUGUGUAUAAUUAUUCUAUAGGAUGAGCAUGAUUAAUGCGCUCAUCCUAAAUUCUUAAUUUCAAUAUCAAGGCCAACUUACUAAA